AAGCGGGAGUUGUCGCCCAGGGGUGCGCCUGCGACGGCGACGUACAGGAGCGCCGGCAACCCGGUGGGCGGGCAGCAAAGGCGCGCACCACCCCUCGGAGGGGCGGGCGGCAGGGCGGGGCGCGCCGGGGAGUCGAGGCGCUAGCUGCUGGUUUCGAUUAGUACGCGGAGCUGUGGCGGUGAGCAGGGAGCUGUGUUACGCGGCUCGGAGACCAGAGGGGUGGCGGCGGCAGUGGGGGCGCGGGCUCGAAGGGUCCGACCGGCGGUUGUGAAAGUGUGCUGGGGCGAGCCAGGACGCGAGGCUACGCUCGGGGUCCACGGAGCCCGGCCACCGCAGCGCCUACAGCCGCGAACGCGCCUCGGGCAGCGCGCGGGCGGGAGCGCGCCAUUCCUGCCCGCCCCUUCCGUCUCCACCCUCCUCCGCCUCUUCCUCUCCCCACUUUCUUCUCCCUUCUUGUGUCCCCGCGUCGGCGCCCACCCAGUCCUCCUCCCACUGGAGCGCUUUCCGUGGCGGCGGCCGGGCCAGGGGAUGGCGCUACUGGACCUGGCCCUGGAGGGAAUGGCCGUCUUCGGAUUCAUCCUCUUCUUGGUGCUAUGGCUGAUGCAUUUCAUGGCCAUCAUCUACACGCGAUUACAUCUCAACAAGAAGGCCACAGACAAACAGCCAUAUAGCAAGCUCCCAGGGGUCUCUCUUCUGAAACCACUGAAAGGAGUAGACCCUAACCUAAUCAACAACUUGGAAACAUUCUUUGAAUUAGAUUACCCUAAAUAUGAAGUACUCCUUUGUGUACAAGAUCAUGAUGAUCCAGCCAUUGAUGUAUGUAAGAAACUUCUUGGAAAAUAUCCAAAUGUUGAUGCUAGAUUGUUUAUAGGUGGCAGAAAGGUUGGCAUUAAUCCUAAAAUUAAUAAUUUAAUGCCAGGAUAUGAAGUUGCAAAAUAUGACCUUAUAUGGAUUUGUGAUAGUGGUAUAAGAGUAGUUCCAGACACUCUCACUGACAUGGUUAACCAAAUGACAGAUAAAGUGGGCUUGGUUCAUGGGCUGCCUUAUGUAGCAGACAGACAGGGCUUUGCUGCCACAUUAGAACAGGUAUAUUUUGGAACUUCCCAUCCAAGGUCCUAUAUCUCUGCCAAUGUAACUGGUUUCAAAUGUGUGACAGGGAUGUCUUGUUUAAUGAGAAAGGAUGUGUUAGAUCAAGCAGGAGGACUGAUAGCAUUUGCUCAGUACAUUGCUGAAGAUUACUUUAUGGCCAAAGCAAUAGCUGACCGAGGUUGGAGGUUUGCGAUGUCCACUCAAGUUGCAAUGCAAAACUCUGGUUCAUACUCAAUUUCUCAGUUUCAGUCCAGAAUGAUCAGGUGGACCAAAUUGCGAAUCAACAUGCUUCCUGCUACAAUAAUUUGUGAGCCUAUUUCAGAAUGCUUUGUUGCCAGUUUAAUUAUUGGAUGGGCAGCCCACCAUGUAUUCAGAUGGGAUAUUAUGGUGUUUUUCAUGUGUCAUUGCCUUGCAUGGUUUAUAUUUGACUACAUUCAACUCAGGGGUGUCCAGGGUGGUACACUGUGUUUUUCAAAACUUGAUUAUGCAGUAGCUUGGUUCAUCCGUGAAUCCAUGACAAUAUACAUUUUUUUGUCGGCAUUAUGGGACCCUACUAUAAGCUGGAGAACUGGUCGCUAUAGAUUACGCUGUGGAGGCACAGCAGAGGAAAUCCUAGAUGUUUAACUACAUCUUUGUGACUGUACAUAAAGGACAAAAAGAGAAGUAUUAUAAAUUGUUUAUAAAACUGCUUUUAAAGAUCUACCUUCAGUAGUUUUAUCACAUUUAUGUUUUGAUAACUGUUCUUUAAUUUAUUUUGCAUGGAUUUGCAUCUGUGAAAAGAAAACACACCUGUAGUCUUGGCCAAAUGGUACACUUUAUUUUGUGGAGGUAGAGAAUCAAGAGAAUUGGUUCUAGAAACCUGGUUUUGGUUUUUGUUUCUAAAAAAGUACAAAUAGAUGUAUAGAUAUAAAUGCUCUGCAACAAGAACUAUGACAGUAUCCUUCAGUAGAGAAAGUUUCCUAUUUGCAAGUACACUCUUUUUAGAACAUUUAUGGGACGGCAGCAGCUUUGUUUUGAUGUUUAGAAAAAACUAGAAGGUAAUCACUACUCAUACCUAAAAUGAACUGUAUUAUGCUAUGGAUAAUCCACACUGUGGUACUGAGAAACUUUUUCAUGCUUAAUGCCUACCUCAAGUAGUUGUUGCAGAGCAAAUAUAAAUUGUAAUAGCUUAGCUAGGCCUCAUAAAACUAAGUGGAAAAUGUAAAAAAAAAAAAUAAUAAAAGAGAUGGUGUAAUGUAUUUAUAUGAAUUUGUGAGAGAUAAUGUCUUUUUGGUUUGUUUCACUGCAAUGAACUAGAAGUGAUUGGUUGCUAAUUGUAGCCAUGUAUUGAAGGCAUCCUUUUGACCAACUCUUGUUGGUUCUGUCUUGAACCAUUGUUAAUCACUGUGCUAGUAAACCUUUCCUUCCCCACUCUUUACCGCCUUUCCUUAACAUUUUUUUCAGGGGGAUGGAAGGUGGGGGUAAUUUUGUUUUAGUGUGAGUGAAUGUUUUGACAAUUGUGAGGAAAAACGCAUUUCAAACACAUUUCACACAUGAGCUGUUUUCUUACACAGUGUAUCUUAUUGUUAAAAAGAAUGUAAUUUCAUGAAACAGGUAUUUGAUAUCUUUUUUAAGUAAGUUGAUACCCUAGCCAUCAAUAAAUUGUAGUAGAGUAUUAAGAGGGGACAGGAUAAGUUUUACUCAUAAAUUUAAUCAGUAUCAUAUUAAGUCUUCUGUGUGUUUUUGUGUUUUGUUUUUAUUUGUACUAUAAUGGGCUAGUCUUAUUUAAUUUUUUUUUUUUUGUAUUUCAGUUUGUAUGACAAGAUAGACUAUUUAAAUGCUAUUUGUAAAUGCAUGCUAUCUCUCACUCUUCUCUACUUAUCAGGCCACUAAACUUGCUUGUCAGGUUGUGCUUAACUUGUGGUGAACUGGACUUGUUUUUGUUUUAAAAAAAUAAAAUAAAAAGGCUAGAAUGUUAAAGGACAGUGCGUAAGCCUUCUUGUAGUGGAAUUUUUGCUUUGUCUUCAGGAUUGGAAGACAUGUUGUCCAUAUGAAUGCCUAAUGCUAGACUGACCCUGGCAAUAUGGCAGCUUUAAAUUCUGAGUUCCUACACGUUCCAUAUCAAAGCAUAAUGUGUAGCAUAUUAGCAAUAAUAUAUUUAUAGAAGUGGAACACUUUCUCACAUCACUGAGCCAACUCAAUUGUCUAAUGACUAAUAACAUAGUUCAAAUUGCAAUAUAUCUGUAAAUGUGUAUAUACUUUGUAUACACAUUAUAUAUAAGCUUUUCUCUGGGCCAAACUGUUUUCUUGUUAUUAUUUUGCCUUAUGAUGAAUUUGUUUGAAGGGCUUUUUUCCUCCCCAUGACUAAAGGCUUUGGCUUUGACACAUAGUCCUUUACAUGUGAAAUGGUACUAUUGUUCCCUGAGGAAAGUUGCAUAGAGAAAACCAGUCUGGUUGUGACCCACUUUAUGUUUAUUUUUAAGUCACUAUUACAAAAGUUGAAUUUUGCUGACUGUAUUUGUUGGUUUGUAUAAUGAAGUGUGGUUGAUGCCAUCCUUUGCACUGCUGAAAUGAAAUCUUAUUAGUGUUUUUGCUGAUUUCAGUAUGGGCAAUGUAUCAACAGGACUUGAAAUGGCUGAACGUACUUCUUAUGUUUUAUAAAUAUAAAAAUUGACUGUUCUGUAUGUGUGGUUUAUGUAGCUGUAUGGACUACUUCCUUGAAAUGAAGCUUCACUUAAGCAGACAGAGUGAGUCUUUGUUUGGCAAGUUUAAAGUGAUGAUAAAAUGGUAAGAGAUAAUAUAAAUGUUGAAGCAUCACAACAGAACUGUAGGAAUCCAAAAUUAAUAAACUGUCUAUUUAAAAAACCUA